AUGACGGCGAAAAGUGGCAGUCGAUGUAGUUUCUGGCUUCCGAAAAAGAAAAGAUCAUGCGCCAAUAAUCGAAUCGAGAGUUCGUUGUUUUGCGGAAACCAUAGCCAGAGAUUGGAUGGUGAGUGGGUUCCAUGUCCUAUUGAUCCUUCUCACUCUGUGUUGCAGGAGAAUCUCGAAGGGCAUGUCAAGAGAUGCCCUUUGUUAAAACAAACCGUAGCAUUGUCUGGUCAACGAUUUUACCAGAAGGGUAUUAAUGCAGGAAACGAAGAAGAAGAGAUGGGCCCUUGUUGUCCAGAUUCUGUUGUUACUUCAGAGAUGAAGAGGACUCUGGUCUAUAGUAUGAGCGUUUCUAAGUUUCAUCAGCUAAUUAACAGAAUUGAGGCGGUUCAUGACUGUAUUUGUAAAGACAUCGAAGAUUCGUAUCUGUCACCUGAAGCUUGUAACAUAUGGUUUAAUAAGGAGAUAGAUAGGAAGAUACCGUUUCAAGAGAAACAUGUGUUGCAGCAAGGUUCGAUUCUUGGUAACUUGGAAAAGAUUGGUGCGUUGAAGAGGUGCGACAGGAAUGUGGAACGUUGUGAAACCGAUCUGGAUAAUAGAGAUGAUCAUGCGUCUGCGGUUGUUGAAUUUGGAGCUGGGAGAGGAUACUUAACACAGAUGCUAGCAGAUUGCUAUGGGGUCAAAAAAGUGUAUUUAGUUGAGAGGAAAUCUUAUAAGCUUAAGGCUGAUAGAUCACUGAGGCAAAAGGAGAACUUGGUAUUAGAGCGUAUGAGAAUCGAUAUUGAAGAUUUUAACCUUAACGCGGUUGAAUCUUUACAUGGUGUUCCUUAUGUUGCUGUUGGGAAACAUCUCUGUGGUCCUGCAACAGAUUUGAGCCUAAGAUGUUGUUUAUCCAGACAAGAUGGUGAAAGCCCGGUUCUGAGAGGUCUAGCUAUUGCGACUUGUUGCCAUCAUCUUUGCCAAUGGAAAAGCUACACAAAUAAAGAAUAUAUCAUUAGCCUGGGGAUUUCCAAAGACGAGUUCCAUGCCAUGACUUGGUUCACUAGCUGGGCUGUAGAUGAUGAUCAUGGUUCCAAAAUUCCUGAUGUUGACGACAUUGACCUUCUUGCCUCAAAUGCAAAGGAGGAAGAAGAAGGAGAAGAAGUGGGAGAUGAUUCUUUGAGCAGCGUGGAGGAAGUUGUGAAGAAAAUGAAACCCAUGGAGAGAGCUGUUUUAGGGUUUAAGUGCAAACAGAUCAUUGAUGCGGGGAGGAUGAAGUGGGUUAAGAAACAUGGUUUAGUUUCGAAGCUAGUGAAAUAUAUCCCGGCAAGCAUCUCGCCGGAAAAUACUUUACUGGUCGCCGGAAAACCCUCUCCGUCGUUUGCUUGA